AUGUCUGGAGGUCCACCACAUCAUCCACAUAACCGCCAGGUUCCUGCCACAAAUCUUCCCAACUCUGCUUGGAAUCAUUUACAGGUACCAAACUACUUUCCAAGACAGCCACAGUUGGCGCACAUGUCCAAUGAACAUUCCAUACUUCAUCAGCCCACAUGGCACACCCCGACCACAACAGAGGCAAUGAAAAUUCUACCCCAUCCGCAAGUUUUCGAAUCGCUAUUUCCAAGAGAUUGCGUCGAUUUAAGUUUGACACGGAACGGUAACCAAAAUGGAGAGCUCCCGCCAAUUCCGAUCAGUUUGAGUGUUAGAGACACUAAUAAAAUAAACAGUUUGCCACCUAGUGCUCUCGAAAUACAGGCUGUCGAAAUGACCAAACCUUCUAGCCCAGUUUUGAAGUCUGGAAGUCCCGGUCUGAAGUCGACAAGUCCCGGUUUCAAAUCGGCAAGUCCCGGCCUGAAAUCGCCUAGUCCCAGUUUGAUAUCGGCCCCUUCGAGCUUGAUAUCCGCUAGUGCUUUAUUAUCCUCGAACCCGAGUUUGAUUUUGGGCAAUCGGAAUGUGUUGCCCACCGGUCACAGUUUGAUUUCUCCGAGUCCCAUCCCGAAGUCUGUCAGCCCAGGUCUCAAAUCGUUGAGUCCAGGCCUGAAGGCGGCUAGUCCUGGUUUGAAACUACCGUCGUCGACCACGCUGGAUGUUAUAAAAACCCAGAAGAGGUCGAAUGUCAGAGUUGAUUCGAUUUUGGAAAGACUUAAUAUCAUGACUGAAAAAAUUAUGUUGCCUCAAGAUAAUAAAGUUGAAGAAGGGGUUGUGAAGCUUGCGGAUAAGUCCGAGGAUAAAGUGGAAGCGCCCCACCACUCAGAAAACCCUGUCAGUGUGAUCGUUCAACCGACCAGUAGUUUCGAUGACAAUAGCAAUUCCAGCAGUAUUCUCAAUGUUCCGACAUCUACGAAUAUCCGAGAUGACGAUACAGUGUCAUCUUAUAGUAAUGAGGAUAGUUUAGAUAGUAAUAAGUCGAGGCGAAAACGGAAACCAAGUAAGACUGUAAGAGUUUCCAAAGACGAGGAAAAAGUCGAAGCAACUGCUGUUGCUGUUGAAAGUAUCGAAUCUGUGACGAGAGUAGUGGAUAUGGACAUUGAGCCCGAAAAAGAUCCCGUCUGCAUUGUUGGCGAAAUGUUGGAGGAAACAAAGAAUCCAGAGAAAGUAGAAUCCUCAAACGAGCUCGAUGAGCUGAUCCCGCCCAAAAUCAGGCGAAAAACUUCGUCAGAAUCCGAAACGAUCGAUGACAUCGCCGCUAUGGUACAAGAAGGUCUGAAGGAAAAGCAGCAGCAGCAACAAGAACAGCAAAGGCAGCUGCAACAGGUGCCUGAAAAACGAAAGGAAGACGUACAGGUGGAGCUCCAAGCUAAGCCAAUAUCUGUCAGUGUGAUAAAAACAAAAGAGAAUCUUAAGGAAGUAUUGCCUGAUACGAGUCAUAGCCCCAACCCGAUGAUCACUCCAGCCCAGAAAAAAGCUACCAACACCCACUUUGUCGAAGUGGAGAACAAGCUGGAAGAGAUGUUUGCAGGAAUCGAAGACACCAGCGACCCAAUCAAGUCGGACCCACUCAACCUAGACGACUCGAAGUUGGACGAUCCCUUGUUGAAACUCGAUGAUUCUAUCCCAUCGACUAGUCAGAAGAGCGAGACCAUAGUCACCUCCAGUACGGAAAUCAAGAAGAAAUCCCCGUCUCCUAAGAAAACCAAGCGAAAGACGCCAGCCGGCUCGAGAAGAAACAGCGACACCAAUUCCAUGGAACCCACCACGAAGAAAAAGAAAGUUGGCAAGGGUCUGAAGGCGAAAACCAUCGCCAAGAAGCCAGUCCAGAAACCGGCCAAAGUGGAGCCGGUCAAGGACGUAUACGCCUACGAUUCGGGCAGCAAUACGAGCUCCACCAAGUCCAAGGGGCCCUUCGUCCACAUCCGAGGGCCCAGGGACUCCCCGCUCUCAGUCAGCGUCGUCAACACCCCAGUUAACGAAGACGACGGCGAAAGGAAGCUGCCCAGAACGAAAAAGUACCACGACGACAGCGAGUAUCGGCACAAGGUGAGGUCGAAAGGUCUGCACUGCAGCACGCUAAGCAACAAGUACGACGCUCAGACCAAAGACGCGACGUGGAUCUGCUCGUUUUGCAAGAGGGGCCCCCACGCCAGCGAACUAUCCGGGCCUACUUCCAACAGGGAAGUGGUGCCACCAGGGGAUUUGUUCGGUCCUUAUUUCAUUACAACUCAGUGUCCCGAGUUCGAGAGGCGGUUGGACGAUCCGUACGACAAGCACUUUAAGAGCAAAAAGAUCAACAGGGCGCUGGACGAGGCCGGCAGGGCCCCUAGCGGGAAGAAGGUCAAAAGGAAAAAUGUCGAUUACGACGCGUCCGAUGGCGAAGCUGACAUCUAUCUGGGCAUCACCGAAACGAACAACAAGACCUUCGAGGUGUGGGCCCACGAGGACUGUAUCGUGUGGUCCCCGGGGAUUUAUCUGAUUGGUCCGAAGAUCGUGGGGUUGGAGGAGGCCGUUUGGACUUCGUGUAACGUCGUGUGUCGGUUGUGCAACUUGAAGGGGGCGAAUAUAUCGUGUUUGAGGAGGGGUUGCUUGAACGUCAUGCAUCUUUGUUGUUCGAGGUCGAACAACUGGCAGUUUCUUGAUGACGAGUUCAAGGCUUACUGUCCCGAGCACAGGGUUCCGUGA